AUGUCAUGGCGACGCCUGCAGGCCGCACUCCCCAAUCUGACGCUUAAGCUCUACCCGCUGUCCAAGGCGCAGCAAGCCAUCUACGAGACUACCGGCACCGUGAAGGAGCUCGUGUUCCGCACCACCCCCAAGGCGAACAAGGCCGAGAUCAAGGAACACCUGGAGAAGGUAUACGGCCUGUCGGUGGAGAAGGUCAACACCUGUAACUACCUGGGCCGCAAGAAGCACGGCAAGGCCGGGUUUUACAGGUGCGAGGAGUGGCAUGUGUCCAACAAGGGCGGGCGCAAGACCGGGGGCCACGUCUACCAGAUCAAGUUUUUCCUGGUGGACGCCACGGGGCUGGAGCACCUGGCGGCGGUGGGCGAGGACCAGGGCGACGCACACUACAUCUACAGCAACCAGCCUGGGUUCCCGGGCCUGUACGGGCACAACAAGCAGGACGUCAAGCGCUGGCUGGAGGACGUGAUGGCAGCCAGCCAGCUGCGCGCCGGCUACCACCUGGACCUGGUACAGGAUGAGGUGCCCACCGACCCCUCCUCCAUCCGCCUGCCCACCUUUGUGGCCUACAGGCACGAGCGGACGGAGCUGGACGAUGGGCGCCACGCCAUGUGCUGGUUCCUGGUGGACGUCUUUGGCAAGGAGCACAUUGCCAUCUCUGGGGAGGAGAAGGAAACGCGGGACGGGCACUACGACUACUCCACGCAGGGCGUUUUCCACGUCGUAGCCCCCCUUUCCUGCCACAACCAGGCGGCGGUGGUGCGCUGGCUGGACGAGCGCGUGGUGCACAAGGGCCAGGCGGCCGCGGCGGCCACGGGGAAGCUGCCCGGCAACUUCCACACCGCGGGGCAGUACGGGCGGUCGGGCGGCGUCAGGGCGGGGCGCAAGCCCGGCUCCGACCUGGCCCGCGCCGCGGCGCUGAAGAAGUGGCGCACCGCGCACGGCGGGGCCGUGCCGGGCGCCGACCCCGCGCAGGAGGCGCGCGACGCGCUGGCCGCCGAGCUGCGCGCCUGGGCGCGGGAGGAGGCGGGCGCGCGCUCCGCCGCGCGCCGCCGCGCCCUGGCCUGGGCCUCUGACCCGGCGCCGCUGGCCGCGCUGGCGGCCGCGGAGGAGGCCGUGGACUUGCUGCGCGGUGGCAGCGGCGAGGAUCGAGCAUCGGUGCAACGCGGGGCGGACGGCCGCGGCGGCGCCGCCGGUCUCGCCGCCCAAGCCGACGGCGUGCGCGCCCGGGUGCGCCUGCUGGCCUUGCUGCGCCAGCUGGCGCACUCCUAUGCGCCGCUGGCCCUGGCCGCUGCACCGGGGCUGCAGGCCGCGCUGGCGGCCGCGCCCGCCUCGCCGCUCGCCGGCCCGGAGGUCGCCGCGCUGGCUUCCUGGAUCCUGCAGGCCUGGGCCUCGGCGCUGGGCUGCCACCUGGCGGUGCUGACGCAGGAGCGCUACGUGCGCGACCCCGGCGCCGAGCUGGAGGCCGCGCUGGGCGGGCGCCGCGCGUGGCUGGACGCCGCCGCCGCGGCGGUCACCCACCGCCGGGUCGGGCAGGGCGCGCAGGAGGCACGCGCGGGCAGGGAGCCUGCCGGUGGCGGUGACAAGGGCGUGGGGGACGGCACGGCCGAGGGUAAGGGGGGGGAUUCAGCAGCCGUCGCCGAGACCGCCGCCGCCGAGACCGCCGCUGCCGAGACCGAGCCCGAGAAUGAGGAAGGGAGCGGCAGCGAGGGCGAGGCCAUGGACGCUGAGGAGGCCGCGGAGUGA